AUGGCUUCAGAAGGCAUUGAGACACGUCCGGAGGGACAACCCGGGUUGCGGGGUGUUGGCAAGCAAGCUCAAUCUCUUACCGAUGUCGAGCUUGCCCAGCAGGACAUGGUCGACAUUGAUAGGAUAGAGAAGGUUUACAGCAAACUCGAUCGAAGGAUCUUACCUGCCUUCUGGGUGCUAUACUUCCUCUGCUCAGCGAUUCGAUCCAAUGUCGGUCUGGCUCAGACGAUGAACACCAACAAAGGCCACGACCUCGCCUCGGAGCUCAACUUGACUCCCAAGCAAGUCUCAACCGGUCUGGCGCUGUUCUACGUCUGCUAUGUCAUCUUCGACCUCCCAUCGAACUUGGUCAUGUCGAAGCUCAGUCCACAUAUCUGGAUGAGUAGGAUCGUGACUGGUGUGGGUAUCAUUGGUCUCGGUCUCACGGGCAUGAAGGCAGCUUGGAGUUUCUAUCUCCUUCGACUUCUCCUCGGCAUCGUCAUCGCCGGCAUGUGGCCCGGCAUGUCGUACUAUCUCACCCUUUUCUACCCACCGUCCCGCACAGGGAAACGAAUCGGUCGCUACUUCACGGCCGCACAGGUCUCCGCUGCUGUCGUGGGCCUCGUGUCCGCCGGAUUCCAAGAGAUGGACGGCAUUGGCGGACUCGUAGGAUUCCAAUGGAUGUUCCUCCUCUACGGCCUCGUUGGCACCUUGGUCGGCAUCUCCCUCCUGUGGUGGCUUCCCGACCGGCCUCUGCCUCCAGGCGAGAAGCGCGAGAAGAAAGGCCUCAUGAAGUGGCUACCAGCCAGCAAGCCCGCGCUCACCGGCGAAGACGCGCAGAUCCACUACGAGGACCUCAAGCGGGUGUACCACCGACGGAUCUGGACGAUGAAGGAGCUCUUAGCCGUGGUCAUGGACUGGCGUCUCUGGCCGCUCGUCGUCAUGUACUUCGGCGUCGUGGGCGUGGGCAUCGGAACCCAGAGCUACGGCACCGUCAUCAUCCGCGGCAUCAACCCGAAGCUCACGGGCAUCCAGCUGAGUUUGCUAUUCGCCCCUAUUUGGAUCAUGGACCUCAUCGCCAUCCUGAUCGUCACGCCCCUAAGCGACCGCUUCCACCACCACCGCGCGCUCUUCUUCAGCGCCGCCGUCCUCAUCCAAAUCACCGGCCUCCUCGUGACCACGUUCUCUGGCGCCAACAACCCGGCCUCGUGGUCCCGAUACGGCGGGCUCCUCCUCGUCGGCUUCGGCCUGGGCCCGACCGUCCCCAUCUGCAUGACGUGGACGAACGAGAUCUUCCAGCCGCGGCACGGCGAAGUCGGCGUCGCGGCCGCGAGCGCGCUCGUCUCGGGCCUCGGAAACCUGGGGUCCAUCCUCACGACGUACGCGCUGUACACGGGUUGGCCGGCAGACGCGAAGGGGAAGCACAAGUACCGGAAGAGCAACCUCGUCAUGAUUGGCAUUCUGUGCGGGAGCAUCUUGGCGGCGGUGUCGAUGGUGGUGCUGUUGAGGGUGUUUGGGGAUGGGGAUAAGAGGGCUGGGAAUGGGGAGGAGGAGGACGAGUAUGUGGAUGGGGCGGCGAGGAGGGAGGUCAAGCAGAGGGGGUUGGGGCGGUUGUUUGGGGGGAGUAGGAGGUGA